GGGAAGAGGAGGGGCGGUUUGAAGUGUUUGCCUGGCCUCCCUCGCUUUGCGGGAGGGGUAUUUUCGCCAGGAUCUCAUGAUGCUGCGUCCGCGCACGACGCUGGCCCUGCGCCAGCCGAGCGCCCUGCAGCGGAUCAUCGGCCAGCCCACCAGCGGCCUCACCCACGUCCACAACCAGAGCCGCGCCAUCAGUGGUUUCCCCAGCUACUCGAUAGCGAUGCCUGCGCCGCCGCCCCGCGAGUACAACCCAGAUGGCACGCCGUAAGAGGACCCACGCAGAAGCCGCACACGCGUGGCCACCAAAGAGAAGAGAAGGGGGCAGUCUCAUCAAUCGUUUGUUUGUUUGUUUGUUUGUUUGUCUUGGUGUCUGUCUGUCUGUCGACGCAUCUCUCACUGUGAUAUAUUCUCAGCCGCAAGUAUCGGCUGAUGAUGUGGACGUACGACCACCCGUACGACUGGGAGCGGUGGGUGAUCUUCCCGGAGGGCUGCUUCCACACCUACUACUAUGGCACCUUCGCCAGAGACCUCCCCUGGUAGGGCGUGCGCGCGCACACACACAGGGAGAGCUGGAGAGAUGAAGAUCUGCAUCUGGCUGAUGAAUGGAUGGCACGUGUGGUGUGUGCACCACACUUGAUGUGGAUGUGUGUGUACUGCAGGUACACCGCGUGGUGGGCGUCCUUCCCUCUCUAUGCCACGCUACUGCCGACGAUCGUGUUCUUCUAUCUCCUCGCCAGUUUCGGUGUGCAGGGAGGAGCCAUCGGUGAGUGAGCUCAGCUGAGCAGACCAUCCACAUUACAGGGGAGGGGAGGGCGACAAAGGGGUGGGUGUCGUUAUCGACUGUGUGCCUGUCUGUCUGUCUGUCUGUCUGGGUGUGGUGUAGGUGUCAAGCCGAAGCGUUACACGGUUGAGUGGCAGGAGGCCGAAAAGGAGCGCGACAGAGCCGAGAACGCCAACCCAUGCACCAGAUACCUCGAGAGACGCCGGAAGGUACACACACACAGGCGGAUACACAUGUACGACACCUUGCACGUGUGUGUGUCUGCGUGUUGCUGCUCGCCUCUGUCGUGCUGUCUGUAACAGGAGCGUGGGUCGAAUUGGCUGCUGGCCGACUUCAUGCCCAAGCACCCCUACUGGCCAUACAUGCGCAACCACCACGACACCGAACUCCUACGCGAAAUGGGUACCUACACACACCACCCACACCCUCAUGUGUGUGGUGAUGUGAUGUGUAAUGUUUGUGUGCUGCCUUGGCCCACCCAUCCCUUUGUCCGUCGAUCAGAGCGCAAGAAGGCCCGUGCGUUGCGCAAGGCAGAGCGGGAGGCUGCUGCGGCUGCUGCAGAGGAGGGCGGGGAGGACGAGGAGGGCGGUGACGACGAGGGCGAGGAGUGAGCGAACGAGGAAUGCAGUGGAACGCGACAACAUGGGAGCGGGGUGUGUGGGCGGACACAUGUAGCUAGCUCUUCGAAGUGAAGUGUCGAGAGGGGAUGUGGUGUGGUCUGCGGGUCAGUCAGUGUGGUUUGUUUCGUUCGUUGUGGUGAAUGCGUGGAUGGACGGAUGGGUCUUCUGCGUGCGAGGCGUCGGACUCACGAGGCACGGUGGCUGUGUUGUACUUGCACCCGUACAAACACUGCCGUCGGUUUUGUGGGCCAGACGUCUCAAUUGCAGGGGCCCGACUGAGUCCACCUUGCUGCAUAGGUGCAUGGCGUGUCCAUCCAUCCAUCCAUGUGUGUGUGUGUGUGUGUAUGUUUCAAGUGUCUCACGCAUCUCC